AUGGCGUCUCAGAGCCGCCGACGGAGGACACCACGGAGGCCCGAGACGGUAGUGCCUGGGGAGGCGGCCGAGACUGAUUCGGAGCUCUCAGCUUACUCGUCAGAAGAGGAAGAGCUGUACCUGGGCCCCUCGGGCCCAACGCGCGGCCGUCCUACGGGGCUGCGCGUGUCAGGGGAGGCCGCGGAGACCGACUCGGAGCCAGAGCCGGAGCCGACGGCCGCGCCGGAAGACCUGCCUCCGCUCGUGGUGCAGCGGGAACCGGCAGGGGAGGCCUGGGGCGCCGUGGAGGACCCGGCGCCCGCUCCUGCGCGCUCUCUUCUGCAGCUCCGACUGGCCGAAAGCCAAGAGCGCCUGGAUCACGACGUGGCGGCUGCAGUGAGCGGUGUGUACCGCCGCGCGGGCCGUGAUGUGGCUGCCCUGGCUGCCCGGCUGGCGGCCUCCCAAGCGGCGGGCUUGGCGGCGGCUCACAACGUACGCCUGGCACGGGGGGACCUCUGCGCGCUGGCCGAGCGUCUGGACAUCGUGGCUGGCUGCCGCCUGCUGCCUGACAUCCGUGGUGUUCCGGGAACCGAACCCAAGCAGGACCCUGGGCCUCGAGCCUAG